CACAUUAAUAAUAAAAGUAGAUGGACUUGUUUCAGGUCAGCGGGGAUCAGAGCAAGCAGCAGGAUCUGCUCAAUCUUCUUGGUUUAGAUCAGGGGGGGAAUAGUGCCACCAUCUUGGUUCAUGGAGUAGGAAUAAGGUGCCCCAUCAUUGGUGUCAGUGGGAGGAAUAGUGCCCCAUCAUUGGUGUCAGUGGGAGGAAUAGUGUCCCCAUCAUUGGUGUCAGUGGGAGAAUAGUGCCCCAUCAUUGGUGUCAUGGGAGGAAUAGUGCCCCAUCAUUGGUAUCAGUGGGAGGAAUAGUGCCAAUCAUUGGUGUCAGUGGGAGGAAUAGUGCCCCAUCAUUGGUGUCAGUGGGAGGAAUAGUGCCCCAUCAUUGGUGUCAGUGGGAGGAAUAGUGCCCCCAUCAUUGGUAUCAGUGGGAGGGAAUAGUGCCCCAUCAUUGGUGUCAGUGGGAAUUAGAAUCAUGUCAGCCCCUGAUUGAUGGUGUCAGUGGGAGGAAGAG